GCAAAAAAUCAGAGAGCGAUUAGCGAGCUUCACGGUCGCGACUGGGGGAGUCGUAAAUCGAAUUUCGGAGGCAGUAAGAGACGGGGAUCACGACGCACCAAGCAACUUCUUCAAGUGCAUAAUGGUACUAUUUGCGCGAAUAUGGUGCGUCGUCUUGGCCGGCUUGGGCGCAGCACCCUCCUCGAACGGAUCCUCGUUGUCACUGAGCGCGGCCUUGCGGGCUGCCUCCAUGUCCUCGAUGUCCUGGAAAUCCAUGGUAGCCAUCUUGAAGAGCUGGGAAUUUAACGGGCGAUGCUCUGUGGCAGGUGGUUAUGCCGUCGAGAGUCGCGCGAGAGCUCGUCGGAGUGACGUAGGAGGAGGGGGAGGGGCAGGCUUGUUGAGCCUGACGUCGACGACGGACGGGUUGUGCGAGCUGCGGCUUAAUCCAACUCCCUCUAUGCCUCUCUCUCUCGCGCGCGCUCUCGCUCUCUUCUUCGUCCACGCUCAGAUGUGGGAAUUGCCCGUAGAUGAAUGCAGCUACUACGUAGGUAAAGUAAGCUCAGAGAAUAGGAAUGAGUGGGGUGCGAUGGGGCCGUGGAGCAGUCGCAGUAAAUUGAAAUACCAGUGACCAGCAGACAGAACACAUUACAUUGGGAUAUAUCCGACUGGGCAUAUAUAUCCGGGAGGGUUUCCUUUGUCUCACCUGGGCAGUAUGGUAUCGCGCCGGCGACAG